UCGAAAGGGCAGCCUCGGACCUUUAACGACUGUUGGCGGCGUUCCUGGAAAUUCCUUUGCUGGAAUGUGGCGGGUCUGCGAGCUUGUGCCAAGAAGAGUGGUCACAAGUCGAUUCUGGCCGAAGCAGCUGAUGUGAUAUUUUUGAGCGAAACGAAGUGUACCGAAUGGCCCGUCGAUUUGGAAAGUGCGUUCAAAGAUUAUCACAAAACAUUGGUGGUUUCAAAAAAGAACAAAGGAGGAUACGCUGGCGUCGCUUUGCUCAGCAAAAUAAAGCCAAUAAAGGUGAGGAGCCUCGAUAAAGAGCUGUUCGCUGACGAAGGCCGUCUGAUCAUCGCGGAAUACACACGGUUCUACUUCGUUGGUGCUUAUGUUCCAAACAGCGGACGUGGAUUGGUUAAUCUCGGAGGUCGCGAGAAGUGGGAGGACCUGUUCCUGGAGAAAAUCAAGGAUCUAGAUUCGAAAAAACCAGUGAUUUACGCUGGGGAUUUGAACGUGGCUCAUAAUGAAAUAGACUUGGCAAAUCCUGAGUCAAACAGAAAUAAGACUGCUGGUUUCACUGAUCAAGAGCGUGGGUGGUUUACUCGUUUGCUCGAUGCUGGCUUCAAGGAUACCUACCGUGAAUUACAUGGUGACAAAAAAGAAUACACUUUCUGGUCUUAUAUGGGAAACGCUCGUUCUAAAAAUGUAGGAUGGCGACUUGACUACUAUGUAGUGAGCGACAGAAUUUUUUCAAAGGUUAAAAGUAGCGAGAUACGAACUAGUGUAAUGGGCAGCGAUCAUGCUCCAGUUGUGCUAGAAAUCGACAUCUGA